UGACAAGUUCACAGAAACAUCCAGCCGAUACAGUUCACUAUUCCCACGCCAGUGAAAAGCUUCAAACUGAGGCUUCCAUCACCUCGUUUGAAGACGGUCAUGGAACCGAUACCACACAUUCUCCUCGUUCGUUGGAAGACCAACCACCGCCACAAAAGCUAAAGCGUGCUUUAAAAUCACGCCAUCUUGCCAUGAUUUCUCUCGGUGGUGUUAUUGGACAGGGUUUGUUUCUAUCGGCAGGAGGCAAUUUAGCCGCAGCUGGUCCUGCGGGCGCCUUGAUCGCUUAUGCCAUCAUCGGCUUUAUCGUGUUUUGGGUCACCUAUUCUCUGGGAGAAAUGGCCACUUACAUCCCCGUAUCAGGGUCUUUCACUGUCUUUUGUCGACGAUUUGUUGAUGAAUCUUUCGGUGCAACCAUUGGAUACAACUACUGGGCUUGUUGGGCCAUCAUUGUUGCAAGCGAACUCACAGCUCUUCCGCUAGUGAUGGAGUUCUGGACUCAAAAAGUCCCUUCUUGGGCAUGGUCCGGCAUCUGGCUUUUGAUUAUUUUCGUGCUCAAUAUGUGUGGCGCUCGAAGCUACGGUGAAGCCGAGUAUUGGUUCAGUCUUAUCAAAAUAUUAGCCGUACUUAUCUUCAUCAUCGUUGGCUGUAUCACUUCCGGCGGUCAUAUUGGUGGCGAAGUAUACGGUUUUAAAUACUGGAAGGAUCCUGGUGCCUUUUCCAACGGCGCUUUGGGCGUUGUCAAUGCGUUUGUUUUGGCCUCCUUCAGUAUGCAGGGCACAGAGAUCAUUGGUAUAACGGCUGGCGAAUGUGAUAAUCCACGCAAGCAAGUUCCACGUGCUAUUCGAAAUGUGUUUUGGCGUAUCAUUAUCUUUUAUCUCGGAUCAGUGUUUGUCAUGGGAAUGAUCAUUCCGUGGAACGAUCCACGUAACCUAAAUACCGAUGGCGGUUCGGUGACGGUCAGCCCUUUUACGAUAGUGUUUGAAAAAGGCGGCUUGAAAGUUGUGGCUGACAUUAUGAAUGCAGUUAUAUUGAUUACGGUUUUAUCGUGUGCCAACAGCGGUAUGUACGUGAGUAGUCGCAUGUUGUGCGCUCUUGCCAAUGAAGGUAUCGCGUAUCAUAAACUAGCUUACAUUUCGAAACGUGGUGUGCCAACUUAUGCGUUGGUCUGCACUGCUCUUGUGAGCUUGGUCACUUUUGCCACAUCGUUUAUUCCUGGAAAAGCGCUUUUUGUGGUGUUGACGAAACUGUCUGGUGUUGCUGGAUUUGUCACCUGGGGUGGUAUUUGUUGCGCGCAUUACCGAUUCAGGAAGGCCUUCAAGCGCCAAAAUCGAAACUUAUCCGAGCUUCCUAUCGUGGCACCGUGCUAUCCAUUUGGAGAUUUGUUUGGCAUGGUGGCUUGUAUUGUCAUUUCACUCAUGGCCGGCUAUUCCUACUUUGUACCACCCUCGGCUGUUGGAUUGAUUGGGAACUAUGCAGGCCUGGUCCUCUGCGUGAUUGGGUUCAUCGUGACCAAACUGUGGACCAAAUCAAAAAUGAUUCCGAUCGACGAGAUUGACCUUGACACAGGUCGCUCCGAGCUUUCUAUGGGACUGGACCAUCUGGAAGAAAAAGACGACCAAGAGGAAGAAGUCAAAGGCCCUCUGUACAAACGUAUCUUCAAGCGCUUGAUCAUUAUUUUCACCUAAAACUCGAUCUUUUUCCAUUAUCCCCCCCAACAGUUACAAAAAUUUAAUGCAUAUCCUUUAACCACAAUUUUUAUUCGUCCUUUUCUUUGCAAAAAUAAAAAUAAAAAUAAAAAUUAAAAAGUCGCUCAACCUAAGCGGCACAAGUUGCUGUAACGCAUUUACGUGUUACAAUAGAGAUCAGCG